UGUUACCUACGUAACGUAUUCCGUAGCUAUAUUCAGUAAAUUUAUUUUUUGUUGCAUUGCUUUUUUAUACGAGUUAUACGUUUAAUAAAAUACAUUUCUUGUUCAUAAUCAUGGUGUCAAAGGAAGAAAAGAAAGCAAAGAAGGAGGCAAAAAAGUUGGAGAAACUAAGAGCCGAAGCGGAGCUACGAAAAAGGCUCAAGCGAGAAGAACUCGAACGUGAAAUAGCAAUCCAAGCACGAAAGCGCGGUGAUCUAGACAAAAGUUGGCGCAACUUGAUGCUCAAAAUAAAAGAGCCUGUUUUCAGACAGGAGAUUCAAGUUAUGAGCCAUGUUUUCGAAAGAACCUACGACAAAAAAGAUUACUUAAUUAAAUAUACAAUGCAGUUGAUGGAUACAGCUGAUGAUCAGUUUCAAAGAACCGUGGCUAGUUUUUGUGAAACAAUAGAUACAAUGAUCAAUAAGUUUCUUUCGGAGAUGGAACAGCUGUCGAAACUCAACGACCUUAGAAAAUCUAGACUUCUUAAGGCGGGGGAAGAUGAAGCAGCUCGAAUUACAGCAGACCACAAUACAGCUGAGACGCAUCUUCAACUUUUACUCUACCAUGGACACACAACUGCAGAUACAUUAGCUUGGACAACUAGAGGUGAAAACUUAGUGAAAGAAGACGAAGAUCGUAGUAAAUAUGCGAGUGAACAAGACAAUUUACGCUCCUACCUCGAAAAUAUUUACAGCCUCAUGUGGGAAGAAUAUAAAGCAGUCCUCAAAGGUUAUAUUACUGAAACCUCCGAUAAUCUAAAGAGAGUUCGAAGAUUGCGCCGAAAAGAAAACUUGAUGGCUGACAUUAUCGCAUCGCAAGCUAAAAAGUUAGCUAAUAGUGACGGAUUACUCAAACGUCUGCGAACAGAAUUAGCGGCAUACGAAUCUGGUACGAAGCAAGCAGUUUUCCGAGAUCGCCGUAAUCGCCAUCGAGCUGCGUGUUUUCGUCUGAAGAAAGCUAUGUUGGAUGGAUGCUCUACUGAUGCAAAACAAAUGGCAAAAUUAGUUCGGAUGUCAGACGAUACAAUUGAAUGGCUCGAAUCGGCUAAUAAACAAUGUGAGAAGAUAUUACGAAUGGCUGCUCUUUGCCGGAAAUUUGAAACGCAACGGGAAAAGAUUAUGCCGUUCGGUUCAAAUGAGCCACCUUUACCAACGCAAACUAAAGUUAGCUUACGGCACCAGCAAUCGACUGAUUCGUUAGUCGUCAAUGCUAUUGCAUCUACUGGGGGUCUCACCAGGCUAUGGCAGAAAAUAUCUAAAGCUGACUUAUCCAGGAGGGCGUUAAUUCGAGAAAAAAUGUUAUUAGAAGAGGAGAACGCACUAAUAAUUCAAAAGAUACAAGAGUAUAAAGAGAACAACAUAACUCCACACACAAAGAAAUGCAUGUGCAAUACGAAUUCGAAAACUAGUGUAUCUCAUCCAGUAGCUAUCGAUGGUGUAUUAGAAGUCACCAAAUACCGUUAGUUUGUCAUGGUAAAAAAUAAUUUUGU